GCCGUGGUCGAGAGUUUCUGCUGGCGCAUUGCUGAACGGUACGUGUUUGAUGGUCUACACUCUUUUUGGUGAUUCGUCGGAUACCCUAGUUCAUCGACCAGGGUCAACAUGUUACCCGCAAAGGGAGGGAGUGCCUCUGGUUGGCGUCGCAGUCUGCCAGGGCCCGAGGAGCGCUUGCUGAUGAUGCUCUCACUGGGGCUUCAAAUCUCCGCACCGCCUUCUGGGGGCUCUCCCCUUGAGCUACUCUUUGCUUUCCUUUUUGAAAUUCAGUUUUCUUUUUGCUUUUAUUUACAAUCUCAUGCUUCAUGGCGCUUGAAGCGACGGUUUCACUGACAUUUUCUCGGAUUGACCCAGGCUCGGUCUCUUUUUGCCCUUUUCCCCUCCGCCCACUAUCCUCGCUUUGACCGCCGGCCUUUCCUAUUCCUCCUUUAUACCUC